GGAGUGAAGGGGUUAACUCGGGCUGGAGGUGAGGCAGGCAGAAGUAGCUCCUCCCCUGCAGCCCUGUAAUGACGUGGCAGCGCUGCUUCAGCCAUGUUUGAUACGUCAGCGCGUCAGUAGAGUCCGCCUGAGCGCCUCAGAGAACCUACUUUUAGCACAUCGUUCCUAGAGGGUGCAAUGACAACCUUCCCAGAGUUCAUUCAGCAGAACGAAGACCGCGAUGGAGUGCGUUUCAGCUGGAACGUUUGGCCGUCCAGUCGACUGGAGGCCACACGUAUGGUAGUGCCUGUGGCUUCUCUCUUUACCCCACUGAAAGAGCGUCCGGAUCUCCCACCUAUACAGUAUGAGCCAGUGCUGUGUAGCCGUGCUACCUGCCGGGCUGUACUCAAUCCACUAUGCCAAGUGGAUUACAGAGCAAAACUGUGGGCUUGCAAUUUCUGUUAUCAGAGAAACCAGUUUCCCCCAACCUACGCUGGAAUAUCAGAGGUGAACCAGCCAGCUGAACUGCUUCCACAGUUCUCCACCAUUGAAUAUGUAGUCCAGAGAGGUCCUCAGAUGCCCCUGAACUUUCUGUAUGUGGUAGACACAUGUAUGGAAGAUGAGGACCUGCAGGCUCUGAAGGAAUCUCUGCAGAUGUCUCUGAGCCUGCUGCCCCCCACAGCCUUGGUGGGUCUCAUCACAUUUGGACGGAUGGUGCAGGUGCAUGAGCUGGGUUGUGAGGGCAUCUCUAAAAGCUAUGUAUUCAGAGGAACCAAAGACCUCAGUGCAAAGCAGCUACAGGAGAUGCUUGGUCUGAGCAAACAAACUGUGGCGCAACCAGGCCGUGGACCGCAGCAACCCCAAGCUCCUCCUCCUAACAGAUUCCUACAGCCAGUGCAGAAGAUUGAUAUGAACUUGACUGAUCUCCUGGGAGAGCUGCAGAAAGACCCUUGGCCUGUCACCCAGGGUAAACGGCCACUGAGAUCAUUAGGGGUAGCACUAUCUAUUGCUGUUGGACUGUUAGAGUGCACUUUCCCCAAUACAGGGGCUCGAAUAAUGACCUUUAUUGGUGGCCCAGCCACCCAGGGCCCGGGCAUGGUGGUUGGAGAUGAGCUGAAGACACCCAUCCGUUCCUGGCACGACAUAGAGAAAGACAAUGCGAAAUUCAUGAAAAAAGCCACUAAACACUAUGAAGCCUUGGCAAACCGAGCUGCAGCCAAUGGUCACAUCAUUGACAUUUAUGCCUGUGCCCUGGACCAGACAGGAUUGGCAGAGAUGAAGUGUUGCACCAACUAUACAGCGGGUUAUAUGGUGAUGGCAGAUUCCUUCAACACGUCUCUGUUCAAGCAAACCUUCCAGAGGAUUUUCAAUAAGGACGUGCAGGGAUCUUUUAAAAUGGCCUUUGCAGGAACUCUAGAGAUUAAGACAUCAAGAGAAAUUAAGAUAUCUGGAGCAAUUGGACCAUGUGUCUCCCUGAAUGCCAAGGGACCUUGCGUGUCAGAAAAUGAAAUUGGAACAGGCGGUACCUGCCAAUGGAAGAUCUGUGGUCUGGACCCCAACACCACGCUGGCAGUUUACUUUGAAGUUGUCAAUCAGCACAAUGCUCCAAUCCCCCAGGGAGGUCGAGGUGCCAUACAAUACGUGACCCAGUACCAGCACUCCAGUGGACAGAGACGUAUCAGAGUCACCACCAUCGCCAGGAACUGGGCGGAUGCUCAGACACAGAUUCAGAACAUUUCUGCAUCAUUUGAUCAGGAGGCUUCUGCCAUCCUCAUGGCCCGUCUGGCCGUCUAUAGAGCUGAAUCAGAAGAGGGACCAGAUGUCCUGCGCUGGCUGGAUAGGCAGCUUAUCCGUCUGUGUCAGAAAUUUGGAGAUUACCACAAAGAUGACCCUAACUCGUUCCGUUUCUCUGAGACCUUCUCUCUGUAUCCUCAGUUUAUGUUCCAUCUGAGGAGGUCUCCAUUCCUACAAGUAUUCAACAACAGCCCCGAUGAGAGCUCCUACUACAGGCACCAUUUUAUGAGGCAGGAUCUGACUCAGUCGCUCAUCAUGAUUCAGCCAAUUCUGUAUGCAUACUCCUUCAAUGGCCCCCCAGAGCCGGUGCUGUUGGACAGCAGCAGCAUUCUGCCAGACCGAAUCCUCCUGAUGGACACGUUCUUCCAGAUCCUCAUAUACCAUGGAGAGACAGUGGCUCAGUGGAGAAAAGCUGGCUACCAGGACAUGCCCGAGUAUGAAAACUUCCGGCACCUACUGCAAGCUCCAGUAGACGACGCUCAGGAGAUCCUGCAAACACGCUUCCCCAUGCCUCGUUACAUUGACACUGAGCAUGGAGGCAGCCAGGCACGGUUCUUGCUGUCCAAAGUCAACCCCUCUCAGACCCACAACAACAUGUAUGCCUGGGGCCAGGAGUCCGGUGCACCCAUCCUAACAGACGACGUGAGUUUGCAAGUGUUUAUGGAUCACCUGAAGAAGCUGGCAGUAUCCAGCGCUGCCUAAACUCUUUCUCUCUCUCUCACACACACACACACACACACACACACACACACACACACACACACACACACACACACACACACACACACACACACACAUACACACACAUGCACCAAUCACCAUUUCUACGUCCUCAAAGUAACAUCUCUAGGAGGUCUCCUAAUCUGACUUCUAAUCUGUUUUAUGUUGUGAACACAAACACUGCACAAAUGAAGUUCUCCUUACUCCCAACACGCCUAAUUUAACGAAUGAAUGGCUUGGUAAUUAAAAGAUCAAUGGCAUCCUCUGUGUUUGAAGUUGGUUACGCUUCAGACUAUAAAUUGAGGUGGAUUACAAGACUUGGUGUUAAGAAGCCCUGCUAAACUACAGCAGGGUCUCUGUCCAGUUAAGAAUGAUGAACUCUAUUCCCCUGCAGUGGAAUUAUUAUAGCAGAUGCAUCUCUUUUCCCAAAAACUACCAAGAAAUACAGAAGCAGUGUCACUGUAGCCUAUUCUACAAGUGUUGCCUCAAGUCACCAGCUGAAGAUCUUGAGUGUCAUGUAAUCUCUCUCUUUUUUUUUUUUUCCCAUUACAUCUCCAUGUAGUGGAGAAAUGAAAAAUCCCAGCCGUAAACAAUGCUGGCUUGUGGAGUAUGAAAACAGCCUUUUUGUGAUGUUCUGAUAUUUAUGCUUGUUAUCCAUAGUAUUAUAGAAUUAUUUACCUGAUGUUUCUAAUAAAACUGUCCUAAUGUCA